CGAUGAGGUCAUUUCCGGGAUCAGUGACGUUUUGUUGAGAAGGUUCGGUCCCCAAUGACGGCGAGGUCACUUCCGGAAUCGGAAUUGUUCUCUUGGUUUAGGGAACGAUCCCCUGGAGCGGCGCGUCGCCAGUGGGAAGCAGCGACGCGCUGUUUGGCAGACAACAGCCUCUAUCUCCACAAUAAGCCUUUGGCUGGGGGGGCACAGGCGCUGCGUGGCUCCCUAAGCCUAUGGCAGGGCCCCAUCGUGCGGUGAUGUCAUCAUGUUAGCAUAUGAUAUCAUCCACUUCUACGCACAUAUGAAUUAAUCAGCCAUCUACACAGCAUUUCCCAGACCAUUUAUGACGUCAGCAAACAGGCGUGAUUUUAUGACAUAUCCUGGUCCUUAUUUUACCACAUGACACCUUCAAACUGGUUUAUGACAUCAUGCUGUUACCAUAGAAUUUCAGUUACAAUCUGUUAGUCUAGUUAAUCUGUGCAUCCAUCCACAACUCUGUCCCCAUGCACACUCAUCAUCUAAUCUAUCCAUCCAUCCCUUUCCAUAUCCAUCUUAUGUAUCCAACCCAUCUACGAAUCCAUGCCCUCACAUACCAUCUAAUCUGUCCAUCCAUCCAUCCCAUUGCCAUCUAAUAUUCCCAUACAUGCUCAUUUAUCCAUCUAUAAUCUAUCAUGCAUGGGGACAAUCUAAUGUGUUUAUUGUGAUAUCUCAAGUUGGGGGUAAGAGUUUAUAAUGAUUCCCCAUCCUGUAUCCUCUUUUCCGCUCUCCCAGUGUCCCUCCACUCAGCGUUCUGCAAUCCCUUCUCCUAGCCCCUAUGGAUGUUCUGCAAACCCUUCUAGAACUCUUGAGUUUUUUAUGACCUCAGCACCCUGAUCCAAGGAUUCUGAACCACUUCUAGCCUGCAGUGACAUCAUGCCAUCACUGCAAACAGCCUCCAGCCUGCCUCCUGGAGCUAAUUACCCCCUCCCAGCACCAUGGUCAGCAUCAAAGUUUCCAAGCAGCUAGUCCUUACACCUAGCAUGGGAUGGGGAGGUAUGAGCUGGAAGGACCCCUUUGUCACCAUCACUUUCCCCAGCAAAGUAAUCUUCACCAGUGCCUCCCUCCUGCUGCUGCUGGUUCACAUGGGUAUCUUCGGAGGAGACCUCUACCACUUCACUGUGACCCAGAAGUUCGAUCUCAUGAGCUUUCAUGGCACCACAGUACUACUGGUAUCCCAUGUGAUGAGCUUUUACUGGGCCUUGCUUGGAACAUUUUACACCUUGGAGACCAAUGACAAGGUUCUCAGGGGGUUUGCCCUGACCUCGCUGGCGAUGAACUUCUCCCUCUUCGUGGGCCGCUUUUGUCUGGACUACCUGACUAUUGAAUACAGGGAGGAGUUGUACUGAGCACCCGCCUGGCCUUGUCCAAAGCAGCCCUGGAGAGAGAU